ACUAAAUUCUACAUGUCAAAGUGCGCGUGCACGCCGCUGCCGCCGAACGCUGACAGAUCGGGCGCGCGCGCGUGCGCCGGAGCGCCUGGUAACAGACAGCAGAGGCGAAGGAAACUCCUCCCUAUUGACAACAAGCUCUCCAGCCCUCAGCGCGAUGGUCUCCUGGAUUAUUUCUAGGCUCGUGGUGCUCAUAUUUGGGACCCUUUACCCUGCAUACUCCUCAUAUAAAGCUGUUAAAUCAAAAGAUGUGAGAGAAUAUGUAAAAUGGAUGAUGUAUUGGAUAAUAUUUGCACUUUUCACAACAGCUGAAGUGAUCACAGAUAUAUUUUUAUGCUGGCUUCCGUUCUACUAUGAGCUCAAAAUUGCCUUUGUGGUGUGGUUACUUUCACCCUACACAAAAGGGUCCAGUGUGCUUUAUAGGAAAUUUGUCCACCCCACAUUGUCCUCUAAAGAAAAGGACAUUGAUGAAUACCUGUGCCAAGCAAAGGACAAAAGCUAUGACACUCUGGUGCAUUUCGGAAGAAAAGGCCUGAAUGUUGCCGCCACAGCAGCAGUGAUGGCUGCCACCAAGGGUCAGGGUGUGCUAUCGGACCGGCUGCGGAGUUUUAGCAUGCAGGAUCUGUCCUCUUUAACAGAAGAUCAAGCAAAGAGCUCUGCUUCAGUGACCACUCAGCAAGCAUCCGGCCAGCAUAGAACACGGGCCAUGAUGCGCAGCAAAUCAGAGACCGGCUACAGCAAGGGCCAGGAGUUUGACAUGGCUGAGUUUGAGCUGUUGAGUCCGGAGCCGUUCACUACUUCCGAGCCUCCUUCCCAUUCAACCCCUAAACCUACUCAGACCUCACCUCCGCCCUUCACGGCCCCAAGCCAGGUCCUUGCACCCCCUGAGCCCAUGCAGGAUGAGUCCAUUCACCCUCCAUCCACAGCCUCAGAGGUACCAGCGGACAGUGGGACAGAGGGGUGUGUUCCAGCUGACUCAGCCCAGAGCAGACUGCUUAAAAGGCGUGCCCCAGAGCCUCCUCCUAGAGCCUUAAGACCUGUCACCAGAUCCAGAUCAAAGAACGCCCUAUCUCCAAACCCUGAGGCCAUGUGACUGUGCGUACGCCGCGAGACUGCUUUAGCUGCCUUAGCUGCAACAUGAGGACAUGGAACAAAAGAGAGGCGACGGAGGGGGGGGGGGGGGGGGGGGGGGGGGGUAAUAAAACACACGGGGACGCAGCCAAAAAGAUCAAAUAUUUAAAGCAGCCUUGUUCUCUAACGAGGUAACCAAAGCGAUGCGUAAACCUUUUCGCUUCUGAUCUUUGACACUCUGGAGGGGGGAGGGAGUACUGAGAUGACACAUGUAUAUAUGCAGCACCAUUUGAAGACUCUUCUGAACACACACCUAUUUUUAUUUGCGUUGUACAUAUUUGCCGUAUGUCAGAGUGUACAUUUGCUUUCUUUUAUCUGUGUGACUGAGGGAGAGACAGAAGCAUGCGUGUCUCUCGGCUGGUCUGUCAUUAAUGCACCAGAAUAUAUUGUCAUUCAGCACACAGGCAGUAGCCACUAUGGUCACUCGUGGAGGUGUGGCCCUCUCCAUGUUUUUUAAAGGGCUACUUUCCAGCGUUUCACUGGGUGUUCCACCAACACUUCAUGCCCACCCACAUGUCCAGAGCAUAAGUGGCUGGUAACAGUGUAUUACCAACUUCAGUGCGCCAUCUCUUGAUGUGAGGUUGGGGCCUUUUUUGUGUUUUUUCUUUGACAAUGAGAGAGAGAUGUAGCAAGCCCUAAGAAUAAAAUUGUGUAUCAGAAAACUCAAUUGUUUUGAGUUUACAAACAAUGACUUUUUAUGUGCAGGUUUAAUUCUAAUCAAAAAAAAAAAAUCACAGAUUUGUCAGAUGUUGAAUAUAUCGAUCAUGAUGUAAUUUUAAUUAAUUUACUUUAAAAAGAACGAUAUGCAAUUAUUUUAAUUGACAGCUGACCUCUGACUCCAAAAUACAUAGUAGUCACAUGAUGUGAAAAGACAGAGUACAUGAUCAUAGAAAGAAAAGAGUGCAUUUAUUUAAACAAAUUCAUCACCAUUUUGAGGAGGAAACCUCAUUUAGCUGGAGCCAUCAUGUCAUAGUAGCAACAACACAGUAAUUUAGUAACCUUUUAAAUAAAAAAGAUGCAUUACAUCACUCUUUUUAUCUUGUUAAAUAUCUUGAGCAAACAGAUAACUAUAGUUUAUGAUGCCAUGUUUAUUCUUUGUUCACUUUUUCUAAACUAGUUUCGAUGUUGCAUGAUGAACUCACAUGAACCGUAACCAUAACCAUAACUGGUUUUUGCCUCAUAUGAGGUUUUCUUAUGUGUUUCAGGGUUCUCAGUAUUAUUACUGCAUUUAUGUACCAUAGUAGAGCUUGUAUAAGCAUUCUCGGAGCUGUAAGCUCAGUGUUGGUUUUCAUUACAUACAGUACAGUGCAGCAGUAUUAUUACCGUAUUAGGCAUCUGAGAAACCUGUCUUUAAAGGUUGUUUAACUGGGCACUAUUCAACUAAUUAGAAUAAAAAUCAGAAAAAAAUACAGAGUAAAUAUUAUAAAACAGAUAAGCUGACUGGACAAUUAUUAGUUGGGUAUUUUUCUUUUCUAGCACUUGUGUAGGUGCAGUGUUAUCAGUGCUUUCAGGGAAGGAUUACAUCAUGUCUCUUGAGAUCUGGGCUUAUAUUUCAGCUGUCAUUUGUUUUUUCAGUAGCUAUUUCAGAGUAAGAAUUGGGAUAGGUGUAUAAUGUUUUUGCCGGUCAGUCAGUGUCCGAGUAUUCCACUGUGGGACACUUUGAGGUUGGAUUUGCAAGCUGUCACUGUUGGGGCCUCUGGGCAUGUGUGUUCACUGUAUGAAUGGGUUAUAGGCGGAGGGCAAAUUCCAUUUGUGACCAAAACAAAUGGUGAAUUUUGUGACAUUGUCUUGUCUUUAUGAACCUCAUAGUUGUCAUCCUGGAAUGCAGGAGUGUGAGUGUUGUGUCCUGUUUGGACACUAAGUACAGUUGUUUACAAUAGCGGAAGAGUGAGCUAAAAUGUACAGGAGUGCAAGUGAAAUCAAUACUUGACAUGAUUGAUGUCUGUAACCACUUUUCAAUGAUGCAUAUUUUCUUUGUCCAGUGAGCUUCUACUGGGAUUUCAACAUGUGCUUAAAAUUGUUUACUUAGCCAUUUCCAAGCUCAAUGUUUACAGUUCACGCCCAGUAGUUUAUCUGAUCAGGUGAGUUGCUGGUGGAACUGGGAAAUGGUUACUGUAGUUUUACAGUGGAGUCAGCACACAAACUUGUCUGAGACCAACCUAACCAUAUUGUUUUAACAGGUAAAACACACUGUGCUCAAACACAAAUUGGCUUUAAACCUUUGUUGUGUAUGCCUAAUACCUCUGCACAGUACUGUAUGUAUUGGACUGUGAACAUGGUACUUCACUCACUGAGUGUAGUUUAGUAGUAGCACUCACAUAUGUAGACAUUGUAGACAUAAGUGGAAGGUAAACAGCCAGACUCAUUAAUUAAUGAAAAUUCUACCUUAAAUAGAACUGCACAUAAAAUGGUUUAGAUGUAAACAGUCGUUUAGAGCAGGUUUGGUGUGAAAUGCUGCAUUCUGGGGACAGAACUGUACACAUUCUGUGGUCAUAGGAACUAGACAUCUGUUCUGUUCAUUGGAAAAGCUAUAUUACUGGAAGUAAUUAUGUAAAAUGUUUACACAUAUGUUCCCUGAUGCCUCAGCCAUUGUUUUUUUUUUUUUUGCAAUAUAGUUUUGCAAUACAAUUUUAGAUUAAAAUGGAUUUAUAAUCCUUCCACGAUAGAGAAAAAGCAGGGUGCAGAGAAUUUACCAUAAUGUUACUAUAAUCAACUUUAAAUAUACAACUCAUUAGGUUUUCUCUAGUGGUUAUAAUAAGUCAUUAUUUUAACAUGGACAUUAUUUGCAUUGUAGAUAUUGUAACCUCUGGUUCUGAUUGCCACCCCUGUAAAGAAACCAGAGUUGCAGUUCACACCAAACCACCCUAAAUGACAUUGUUUACACCUCAAUUACCAAUAGAGAAAUGUUGAAAAUGGAUGGAAUUCCUUUUUGACAUCCUCAUUAAUUUCCUCAUCAACACUCAUAUACUUCACAGAGCAAUUCAAACUGAGCACAGCUUAAUAAACCAUGUAAGUGUAAAUCGAAAGAUUUUCAUUCACACAGUCACUAAUCAAUACUGCUGAGAUCAGCAGCAGACUCUAUAACCUGUUUUGAGUAUGAUGACAAUCAUAGUUUAUUUCAGCCUCUUGAUUUUCCUCAGAUAUCAGGUAGCAAAUGCUUAUAUGGUUUGCAGCUGUACAAAUAAAACUUUUUUUCAGUAGUGUGACUAAAUCUAACUAAACAACCGCCUCAGGUACAGUUCUUUUCAUCAUAUCACUAUUGCUGUAUGUUUACACUGUAAAUUGAACUACUGGCAGAGGAAAAAAAACAAGGGAGGAAUCAAACAGAGCAUUAUUGGUAGAGGCAGCAUACAUGCCAAGGUAUAUAAUUGGGACUGUUGUUGAUUACAAUGCUUUUCAAACCAUGCCAGUGACGGUCUUUAAUACAGGAUUUGCAUCCAGUCUACAUUUGUGCUUAUAUUAUCAUACACUGAAAUGGGGGGACUGCAUGAAACAUUUCUCAUCACUCUGUGAAUCUACACAUUUAAGCGUUCUGUGAAAAAUCAUAUUUGGCCUCAUUUGAUGCUACACCUAUACGAAAGUAGUCUUAGAUUGCCUGAAUGUUGUUUUUUUAUAUAUAUAUAUAUGUAUAAGAAGUUAUUAAAGGCACAUCCUUUCCUGCUGUCUGAAAACCUGCAAAACCACUAAAAUACAUCUAUUCCAAAUCCUAUAUUGUGUUUAUAAACUGCAACAUGUUCUCAUGGACUAUCUGUUUCAAAAAACUGAGAAAUGUGAAAGUUCUUGUGCUUUUUUCAUAAAUGCUUAAAAUAGAGGCGGUGCCUUUAAAGACUGAAAAGCCUUUCAUUUAUUUCAUUCAGUGUAUUUUGACUUUGAAAUGUUGUUAAUUUUUUGUUAGUCUGAUUGUUUAAGCUCCCUGUACUUGAGCCAGAAUGUUUGGAAGAAGGAGAACCAGAGAAAAUGGUCUUGUGGUUGAUGCUGUAAUUAUUUAAGGUGACAAAACCUCACUUUCCUCCCAAUAAAAAUAGUGGCUUGCAGCAUCUCUCUAACAAAAAAUAAAGUAUUUCACAUAUUCAGCUUUCAUGUCUGGCAGGCCAGAAGAAUUCGUUUAUGCUUUUUAAAAACAGCAUUGUGUGGGGAAAAUGGAAAAGAAUCUGAUGUUAAAUGGUAGUAGAUUGAUGUCUGUCAAAAAAUCCUUCAAAUGUAUCUGACGUUGUGUUGACCUCAGCUAUUAAAAGGGAGACAGAAUAUCAA